AUGGCUACGGACGCCGAUCUCCUCAAGGUUGAACAAGCAUUUGGUUACACUUUUGAAAAUAAAGAAGACUAUACAAGGGCAAAAGCGUGGCGUCCAAUCUCGCUGCUUGCCACCCUUGGCAAGGUAUUGGAGUCCGUGGUAGCAGAGAGAAUCUCACAUGCUGUGGAAGUUUAUGGGUUGCUCCCGACGAACCACUUUGGAGCUCGCAAGCAACGAUCGGCAGAACAGGCCCUACUACUUUUACAAGAGCAGAUUUAUAUAUCUUGGAGGCGUCAUCUUGUUGUAAGCCUCAUUAGUUUCGAUGUCAAAGGAGCCUACAACGGAGUAUGCAAAGAAAGGUUGCUUCAAAGAAUGAAAGCACGCGGUAUCCCUGAGAAAUUACUUGGAUGGGUAGAAGCAUUCUGCUCAAACCGGACGGCUACAAUUCAAAUUAAUGGCACCUCAUCAGAGAUCAGAGAAUUGCCCCAAGCUGGCCUUCCGCAAGGCUCUCCUCUAUCUCCGAUUUUAUUUCUUUUCUUCAACGCGGAUCUAGUACAACGACGGAUCGAUAGCAACAAAGGAGCCAUCGCAUUUGUGGAUGACUUCACAGCCUGGGUUUCAGGCCCAACUGCACAGAGCAACCGUGAGAAGGUUGAAUCGAUUAUCACAGACGCAUUGGCCUGGGAAAGGAGAAGCGGUGCAACUUUUGAAGCUAGCAAGACAGUAAUCAUCCACUUCACCAGAAAGGACUAUAAGAAUGACUCUGCACCCUUCACAAUCAAAGGACAAGUGGUCCACCCGAAAGGCUACGUCAAGGUUCUUGGAGUGAUCAUGGAUGCUGAACUCAAGUACAAAGAACAUAUCGCAAUGGCAGCUUCUAAAGGACUGGUAGCAGCAAUGGAACUAAAGAGAUUAAGAGGUCUAACCCCAGCAACAGCAAGACAGCUAUUCGCGGCCACGGUGGCCCCGGUGGUAGACUAUGCUUCGAAUGUCUGGAUGCACAGGUUUAUAUACAGGCUAAUGGGACCCAUCAACAGAGUGCAAAGAGCAGGAGCACAGGCAAUCAUUGGGACGUUUAGCACUGUAGCGACAAGUGUAGCCGAAGCUGAAGCCCAUAUUGCUCCAGCUCGGCAACGGUUCUGGAAAAGGGCAAUUAAGAUGUGGGUAGACAUGCACACAUUGCCUGACACCAACCCACUCCGAAGGUUGACCUCUCGCAUCCGUAAAUUCAGAACUUCCUUUCGAUCACCCCUCUAUCAGGUAUCGACAGCACUUACGGAUAUCCCAAUGGAACAACUAGAAACCAUCCACCCGCUCACUCUAGCGCCCUGGGAGGAACGAGUGGAACGAGUUUGA